AUGACUGCAGACCUGGCAACCACCGAAGCCGACAGGCCAGGCAAACACGGCAUCAAUCAGACACUGUACAACAUUAACACUGAACCUCAGACUGAAAACACCAUCUGCACGGCCAAGCCUGCUUCCAUUGAAACAAAGCGACACCGACCCGCAGAGCUGCGCCACACCUGCGCCGGGAAGCGCAAACUCACCUCCAGGAGCGGUGAACACAGCCUCGGCCUCAGCAGGGGUUCCUUCCGGCGACCUGUUCCCCUCCCGACUGCCGCACAGCUUCUGCACCGACACCCGGAGCCCAACUCCGGAUCCAGCUGCGCGUCGUCGCGCUGCGUCAUUCGGCUCCGCUGUUCAGACGCUCAGCUGUGUUUGUGCAGUCAGUGGAAGGAAGCGGACACGUCCGGUACCAUGCUGCUGUCGGGGUUCUGGGGUCUGUGCUUGCUGUGGACGGCCGGCGCCAUGGAGCGAGGUCCGGUUAGUCUCAACGAGAUGUUCCGGGAGGUGGAGGAGCUGAUGGAGGACACUCAGCACAUGCUGGACGAGGCGGUCCACAAGAUGACUAAUGAAAGUGCAAAAUUCUCCUCGUCCUCUGUGGAUCUGCCUCCCAACUACCACAACGAGACCAGGAAGACUGUGAAGGGCAACAAAGGGGAGACUCAUGUCCUGGAUCGAACAGACAAGGAAACGGACAACAGAACAGGGGAGACGCACGUUUCACACGUGCACGUUGAGGUCUCUGGUCAGUGGAACAGUGUGAAUCACGAGUGCAUGGUGGAUGAGGACUGUGGGAACUUAAGAUAUUGCCUGUAUGAGAUUGAGAACUCAAAGUGCCUUCCCUGCAUAGCAACAGAUAUGCCGUGCACAAAGGAUGAGGAAUGCUGCUCAGAUCAGAUGUGUGUCUGGGGUCAGUGUACAGUGAACGCCACCGGCGGAACGGCGGGGACGAUCUGUCAGGGUCAGAGCGACUGCAGGCCGGGUCUCUGCUGUGCCUUUCAGCGAGAGUUUUUGUUUCCGGUUUGCAGUCCCAAACCUGCUAAGGGAGAGUCCUGCUUGAACCACCCUAACCUUCUGAUUGACAUGCUGGAGUGGGACCAGGAGGGCCCCAGAGACCACUGCCCUUGUGCGGGCAACCUACGUUGUCAACCUCACGGUCGUGGAUCUGUGUGUGGAGAGAAGGUCUGAAGGAGUGGCGGUUUCCAAAGGGCAGAUCAUCAGUUUAUUAAUACAGUGUCCAAUCUGGACAGCACCUGCACUCUUUAUACUAUUUAUGCUUAACUAUCAAGUCUAUAUUGUAAAACGAAGAGGAAAUAAAGGAUGUUUUGACAGCGUUCUCUUA